AUCCUUCAAGAAGAAGAAAAGGAAAAAAAAAAAAUAAAAAAAAUAACAAUAUUAGAAGUGUAAGAUUUACCCCAAAAGAAAUAUCCGAAUGGAAUAAACAAUCAAACAUUAUUGACAAACUGGAGGGGAAAACAACAGAGAGACACUGCCUACCUCGUCAAUCUUAAAUAAUGUUUUAAAAAAAGAUAUAUAUUUUUAAGAAAACUAUUUAAAAACGUAAACUUUCUACAUUGUAUUGUACGCAUCGGUAUUAUUAUUAUUAUUAUUUAAUGAUUUUGCAUCGACCCUUGAUUUGCUCUUCAGAAGCUAUGCAUACGGUUCAAAAGGACACUACUUUUACAAAGAUAUUUGUCGGUGGGUUACCGUACCAUACCACGGACUCUUCCCUAAGAAAAUACUUCCAGGUUUUUGGGGAUAUCGAAGAAGCGGUCGUCAUUACAGACAGACAGACCUCCAAGUCUAGAGGCUAUGGCUUUGUCACCAUGGUGGAGCGGAGUGCUGCAGAGAUGGCCUGUAAAGACCCCAAUCCCAUCAUCGAUGGCAGGAAGGCCAACGUGAACCUGGCUUACCUGGGAGCCAAACCCCGCAACAUGCAGACAGGUUUUACUAUUGGUGUUCAGCAGAUUCACCCAGCCCUAAUCCAGAGGCAGUAUGGGCUGGCUCAGCAGUACAUGUACCCUCAAGCCUUCAUCCAGCCCAGCUUGAUGAUCCCCAGCCAGCUGUCCUCCGUUGGCUCCCCCUAUGCCGACUACAAUGCCAUCUGCGCCCAGUACGCCUCGGCCGCCUUCGAGCAGUACCCUUACGCAGCCUCGCCCGGGUUCCUGGGCUACAGCUACCCCCACCCCACUGUCAUCGCCGCAGCAGCUAGUGCCAUGCAGCAGCCCCUCUCCACAGCUGCCCACACUCCCACCGCUGCCUUCGUACAGUACCCCUCCCAGCAGGUCCAACCCGACCGCCUGCAGUAGAUUGGGCUUGGGGGUGAGUCAAUGGGGGGACGAGGGUGGCAAUAAUCGCACGAGGGGAAGGGGAUCAACUUAUUGCACUAUAAUAAAGAGGACUGCUGUCGAGCGGAAGGAAACUGGAUUGCAACAAGGGCUUCCAUUUCACUUCCCUCCUCUCUUGUUGCGAGAAGAUUGUUGUUGAAACCAAAAAACUGUAAUCGGCAAGACCAAGGAUUAGCUGGGAUUCCGGUACUCUGUCACUGGAAAAAGAGCUCAGAUUAAAUUUUGAAAGGUGGGGACAGGACUAGAAAGAAAUACAAAGAUCUUGAGCAGUUUUUUCACCGAUAAUCGUCCUCUACCAAUCACCUUCACUGUGUUUGGAGGAUGUCUCAUAAUGGUGAGGUACUACAGAAGACAGGCUUGAAGUUAGCACCCUCUGUUCUACAGAAAGAGGAAAAUCAAACCACAUAGCAGGAGGACUUUGAAGACCGCUGGCUAUUGAUUCAAAAUGUAUUAGAAGAGCUGGUCACUGGAGAUGUCAACACCACAAGCCAAUUUAAAAAACAAAAUGUAGAUAAGAUAUUCUCUCUCUUGCUCAAUCGCUCUCUCUCUCUCUCUCUCUCUUCCAU